AUGUCGGGAGGCCGGGGGGUGCCCGACAUGGCGGCGAGCCCUGAGGGGGACGGGCGGGUAAAGCGGGACAGCCACCCCCGCGCCACGAUCCCUUAGCUGCCCGCCCUACCCCCCUUCCCCCGGGGGGCUGCCGGGCAAGGCGGCAUUGUUGGCUGCGUCCAUCACUCGCCGUCCCUGGCUGACAUAAUGAAUGCGCUUGGACACACCUUCCACCCCGGCGAAGAGGCGCGCCGCGUCUCCACGGACAGCCCGCCGAGCUCUCCGCUCCGUUCUCCUCAGCCCUCGGGGAGGCGCCCCGCAAGCCCGCCCGGCCCCGUAGCCCGGCGCCCCGUCCCAGCCCAGUGAGGGGCCGCGGCGGCCGGGCUGGGGUGGGCCGGGCCGGGCAGGGCGAGGGCGGGUAAAAGCCCUCGCUAUGCUGCCCAGCGCUCUGUACUGGGACCUGGUGGGCUCCUCGGCUCUCCUCAACCUGCCGGCGGCGCCGGGCUUUGGCAACCUGGGCAAAAGUUUUCUCAUCGAGAACUUGCUGCGGGCCGGGGCGCCGCCGAGCCCUGCCCAGCUCCGUCCCCUCCCCGCCAGCCCAGUCCCCCUCAAGCUGUGCCCCGCGGCGGAACAAAUCAGCCCCUCAGGGGGUCCCUACGCGACAAGAUGGGCUUUUCAAGUGCUUAACCCCUCCGCGGCGGACGGCAGCCGCCUGCCAGCUCGGGCUCCGGCGGCGGAGAGAGGCGGCGUCUUCCCGCCGGCAGCCACAGCUCUUUCCAAACACUUUUUUCUCCGAGCCCCGCCAUUCUACUCAGCAUUCUGCGGUGGGUCCUGUCAGCACCCUGCAUCCCCCACUGCUUUUCCAAGAGAGGAAAGUGUGCUGCCUCUUCUGACCCAGGAGUCUAACUCCAAAUCCCGGAGAGGUAUAUUAAGAAGAGCUGUCUUUUCUGAAGACCAGAGGAAAGCUUUGGAGAAAAUGUUUCAGAAGCAGAAGUAUAUUAGUAAAACAGACAGGAAGAAACUGGCCAUUAACCUGGGUCUAAAGGAGUCUCAGGUGAAAAUUUGGUUUCAGAAUCGAAGGAUGAAAUGGCGAAACUCCAAAGAAAAAGAAGUGCUUUCAAACAGGUGCCUCCAGGAAGAAGGUCUUCAGGAGAACUACCUCUCACGACCAACCAUGAAUUUUACCUCCCCAUGCCCAUCUGUGUGGGAAGUGUCUCAGGAGCAAGCAAGUCCAAGGUGGAGGGAGAGUUCUCCAGGAAAUUCUGAAAGACUGACUAGUACACAACCACCUCUAAGAGCAAAUCCAUCGCAGAGCCCGCUGUAUUUGUAUCCUGACCAAGACACUGCAAAUAAGGCAGUUACAUCAUCAGCCUAAAGAAGUAGGGGCAGUUUGUAAACUGAGUGGAGAGCACAGGCUUCAAAUGAGCAGUCGUCUAAGACUAACAAUAUUUGGACAUUGUAAAGCUAACUAGUUUAUGCAUCAUAAAUUUGCUAAAGUCUAACACCAUUAAAAUGACAAAAAACUAAUGAUUUAAGAAGUGUUCUUCCAUAUUCAGUCUUUUCUUGUGUCUUUCCCAGUCUUGUACUGACCUUAAAAGUGAAAUAGGAACUGAUGGUAAGUAAAAUGAAAUAAAGAGCAUGAAGCUGAAUUUUUGCUCUGAUUUAUACAUCUGUGCUGUGUACGAUACUCAUUAAAAACACAGUAAUAGAGAAUCAUUUACCUCUCAUUGCAGUCAGACCAAUUCAUUUCUGUUUCCAUUCAUUUCAGUCGUGCACAAGAUAAGAAUAAUUCUGUUUUUCUCAAGAUAGUAAGUUGCUUUGGGUUCUUUUUGAAAUUCAUUAAACGCAACAACAAUAAACGGUAGGUUCAUUUUAGACAAACAAGCGUUUUUAGUAUGUUUUCUCCAUCUGUCUUCACCUAUAUCAUUUUUCAAUUAGUUUCAAAUAACAUGGUCACAGGUCAGCUGAUAACCCUGGUGAAGAUGCAAUACUAAAAGAGAACCAACCAACCCUAAAAAAUAUUUUUACAUAACAUAACAAAAAUGUGUUUAAAUCACUUUGAUGUGAAUGCAUACUGGGAAACGCCACUCACCAAUUCCUGUCUUGUCUUCUGUGGAUGAACGUUCCCCAACAUUC